AUUUUGCCAAUUUCGGUUCCCUCAUCACUCGAACUGCUUCUUGCUCUUCUUCCGAUCUACUCCCCCCCUAAAUUCCUAUGCCGUCAAGAAGAAAGACCCAAACCCCACUUAGUCGCGCGCGCGAUCAAGGUUGAAUAGCAACAAUGCCGGAAUCGAGAGACAGAAUCCCGAGGCCCGUCGCGGAUUUGUUUGCUCUACGGCGAACAGCCGGUGUUGGAGUUCUUCUAGACGACCAGGGAAUGAGUCCGAGCUUGUUCGGAUCCCCGAUCAUGCGUGUGAGUACGGUUACAACUCCAGUGACUCGUGGGCGGACGGCUUUGGGUGCGACGCGAAGUGGUGGGCUCGGAAGAUGCAGGUCAGGAACUCCGAGAAAUGUUCGUGGCUGGAAUUUGUCUCAGGCUUCGGGACGGGAUAUCGCUCAGAGUUCCCGCCGGUGGUCGGGUCGGGGCAUGCACGGGAACAGUAUGUUACCUUUUUGGUACCCGAGAACCCCUCUCCGUGAUAUCACUGCGGUUGUUAGGGCAAUUGAAAGGAGAAGCGCUCGCUUGAGAGAUGUGGAAGGCCAACAAAUAGAGAGUCCUGUUCCUGAGGGGCAAAGGGUUCUUGAUCCUUCUGUACCAGAGUCAAGUGCUCAGCUCGAGCACAAUCUCUCUUUGACCUCUCCAAAUCCAGCUUUUGGUGUCAAGCCUUGCACACCUUCUGUCGGUAAAGUGCCAAAGAUUCUGCUUAAAAUCGCAAAUGAAAAUACUGGAGAAUCAGAGUUUGUAACACCUCAGAAAAAGCUCCUAAACUCAAUCGACACAGUUGAGAAAGUGGUGAUGGAAGAAUUGCAGAAACUGAAGAGAACCCCAAGUGCUAAGCAGGUGGAGAGAGAGAAAAGAGUUCGUACUUUGAGGUGUAUGCGUUGAUUCUUUUGCAAGGAGGACCGAGUGAUCAGUGGAUGCACCUAGAACUGUUAGACAGAAGGACAAGAAACCUGUGCAGUGAGAUUGAUCAUCAUCUGAUGAUAUUGGGGACUCCUGAGGUAGAUUUGAUAGAUAUAUCUCAUAUUUUCUCUACUUGUUUGAGUUUGACAUGCAUUAAUUGAAAGGUCUCGAUAUAAGAUUGGUUGGCAGUUCUGCUGCUUAACGUCUUCACAGAAAGUCUUGAACCUUGGUGUAGAACUAGUCCGCACGUUUGUUUAUUUUUUCCAUCAUUCUUUGAUGGUUACGUGCAUUGGUAGCUAUUGUUUUGAGCUGAUGUCAAAGAAGCAUCAGGUUUUUCGA